CCUUCCAAAUGCUCACUCAAAACACCAUAAACUGCAAAGUGUCUUGCAAGAAGAGUAGACUUGCCCAACAUGGAACAACUCACCCAACCGGAGGUGGCCAGAUUGAAAUCCUUGGAGGAUACAUUGAAAUCCUGGGAGGAUGCAUUGAAAUCCUCGAAGGAUGCAGGCAGCCUUUCAACUGAGGCGACAAAGGAGCCAGUGAAGCCACUGAUAAAAAGGGUUACGCACUUACUACGAGACAAAGAGGAUUAUUUCCACCGGUACUUCAAACCAAUUUCUGUUGCAUUCGGUCCCCUCCACCAUUACGAUCGUCCUGAACUCCAAAGAGGUGAGGAUAACAAGUUACAAAUGGCAGCAAGGUUCAUCAAGGAUAGUGGGAUAGAGAAGGAAGUCUUCUACAGGAAUGUCAAGGAUAAGAUCGAUGUCUUGAUGGAGUGCUAUGACGACAAGCAGACAGGGCAAAGGCCUAAAGAGGACUUGGCCUGGAUGUUCCUUGUGGAUGGCUGCGCGGUGUUGUUUUUCAUAGAUCAUGAUGCGAAUGACAAUCUGGAGGCACUUGAAGUUAAGGAUGAUGUGCUUGCAUAUGUGAAGCUGGAUUUAUUCUUGCUUGAGAACCAAUUACCGUACCAACUCCUUCAGAUAUUGAUGGACUGUUGCGAUGGAGUUCCUUGUGAUACCCUGGCUGAAAACCAAUCUCGUGCUAAGGAAUUGCAUGCGUCCAUCAGCACCUUCAUCAAUAAGAAUGCCAUGAGUCCAGUUGAGCAGGAGCAGAUGAUGCAUCGGGAAAAACUUUCAGUACCACAGCACCAGCAAAAAGCAGCAGCAGCAACAACAGUAACAACAACAACAGCAAUAUCGAUUGAUACGCCUCGAGAACCUGCUCAUCUUCUGGAACUAUUAUGGAGAAGACUGACCAAACUAGAAACGGGUAAGGAAUCAGACGGAACCAUAAUUAAGCUCCUGAAGAAGUUGAGCCCUACUUGUAAUGAGGGGAUUUGUUCUAAAGGAACCCGCAAGCCUCACGGUAGGACCAGACAUUACAGGCACACAUUUCGAAACGUAAAGGAGCUGAAAGAAAAGGGGAUUUGGCUUAAAGUUAGCAAAACGAGCAGCAUUCGUGACAUUUCUCUCGAAAAAAGAUUCGGUAUGGCAACCCUAAGGCUGCCUCCCAUCACAGUGGACGACUACACUGGGCGCAAGUUGAUGAACUUGAUAGCAUACGAGAUGUGUCCAGAUUUUGAUAACAAAUUCGAGAUCACCUCCUAUGUGUCCUUCCUUGACUCCUUGAUUGAUCAAGCGGAGGAUGUGAAGGAACUCAGAGAUGCUGGCGUGCUGCACAACGGACUAGGAAGUGACAAAGCUGUAGCGUUGCUAUUCAACGAGAUCAACAAAUACCUGGUGCCGAAUCCUAAGCUGCACUCAAAUUUGAAACAAAGUAUCCAAGCACAUUGCAACACCGCAUUUGCCAAGUACGUGGCUCAACUCUAUCACACCUAUUUCAGGAGCCCCUGGAGCUUCUUGGCCUUGGUCGGUGCCCUAUUGGGUCUUGCUUUGACAGCUGUGCAGACUUAUGAGGACAUCGAACAGUCUCCAAUCCACCAGGUUCAUUUCCAUCCCUAGUAUGAUACUACUAUUACGAUGGUGUGUUCCCUUUAGGUUGCCAAAAGAAUAAAUGCAAAUGGUCGUGUGGUUUCCACAGUACUGAAUAUUGAAACAAUAUGGAAAGAAUAAUAACAUUCCUGUUAU